UGCUCCCCCGUGCGGUAGCGAAAGGAGCGCAGUUGGCUUGCGCGCGCUCGCUCGCUCCGGGUCCGCUCGCGGGACGCGGGUUACGCACGGACGGCGCGGGUUUGCAGCUCCUUUCUCUUGGUCGUUUCUUCGGGUCAAAAACAAAAAUGCCAGAACGGAUCAGUAUUUCGGAGUUCGUCUCGCUAGCGAAUGAGGACACGGCCUUACCGGGCACGUCCAGCUUCCAGAAGAAGAUGAGCGACUGCCGGAGCACAGUGAACACGUUGGAGGAGUCCUUAGAGAUGGAUCAAAAUGCUCUACUAAGGAUGAAGAAGAUGAUGAAAGCCUUGCACAACUCUGGCAUGACAUACGUGGAGAACAAGGAGCAGUACAUCGAGGUCCUGGAGAACCUGGGGAACAGCCACCUGUCCCAGGACAACAGUGAGGUGUCCACCGGCUUCCUCAACUUGGCCGUCUUCACCCGUGAGGUGACCGCACUCUUCAAGAACCUGGUCCAGAACCUGAACAGCAUCAUUUCCUUUCCCCUGGAGAACAUCCUGAAGAGUGAGCUGAGAGACGGGAGGCAGGAACUGAAGAAGCAGAUUGAGAAAACCUGGAAAGACUAUGAAGUCAAACUGGCGAAGCUGGAGAAGCACCGGCAGCAGGGGAGUGACAUGGCUGAGGAUAUGGAAAGAGAAAGGAGGACUUUCCAACUGCAGAUGUGUGAGUACUUGCUCAAGACACAGGAGCUCAAGAUCCGACAAGGUCCGGAUCUUCUGCAGAGUCUCAUCAAGUACUUCCAGGCCCAGCUCAGCUUCUUCCAGGAUGGACUGAAAGCUGCAGAGCACCUCUGUCCUUUUGUGGAGAAGCUGGCUACCUCGGUGCACACGGUUCGGCAGGACCAGGAUGAGGACCUGCGGCGGCUCUCCCACCUACGGGGCUCUCUCAGGUCCCUGCUGCAGGUGGACGGCAAAGAGGACAACCUCAACAGGAAGAAUUCAGGAAAUGGAUAUAGCAUACACCAGCCACAGGGCAACAAGAAGUAUGGCACUGAGAAGUCCGGGUUCCUGCUGAAGAAGAGUGACGGGAUCCGCAAAGUGUGGCAGAGGAGGAAGUGUGGGGUCAAAUAUGGCUGCCUCACCAUCUCUCACAGCACGAUUAACAGGCCCCCAGCCAAGCUCAACCUGCUCACCUGUCAAGUCCGACCCAACCCCGAUGACACGAAGACCUUUGACCUGGUCACACACAAUCGCACCUACCAUUUCCAGGCUGAGGAUGAGAGGGAGUGUGUCAUCUGGGUGUCUGUGCUGCAGAACAGCAAGGAGGAGGCCCUGAACGCCGCCCUGGGCGGGGAUCAGACAUCCUUCCAGGACAGCGGGCUGCAGGAACUGGCUCGCUCCGUCAUCGCCGGCCUGCCCAACCUGCCUGGCAACGAGACCUGCUGUGACUGCGGGGCCCCGGAUCCCACCUGGCUGUCCAUGAACUUGGGCAUUCUCACUUGUAUAGAAUGUUCUGGCAUCCACCGGGAGCUGGGUGUGCACUAUUCUCGGAUACAGUCGUUAACCCUGGACAUGCUGAGCACGUCUGAGCUCCUGCUGGCCGUGAGCAUCGGCAACUCCAGGUUCAAUGACAUCAUGGAGGCCGGCCUGCCCAGCGAUGCCGUCAAACCCUUCCCAGGGAGUGACAUGAGUGCCAAGAAGGAGUACAUCAUGGCCAAGUACGUGGAGCGGCGCUAUGUCCAGCGGAAGGAGGACGACAGCCCGCACCGCGUGUAUGAUGCCGUGAUUACGCGAGACCUCCUGGCUUUGCUGCAGCUGUAUGCUGAGGGCGAGGACCUGGCCAAGCCAGCGCCCAUCCCAGAGGACCUGGAUCUACUUGAGACUGCUCUUCACCUCGCCGUGCGCCAGGCAGAGAGGAGCUCCCUGGCUCUGGUGGACUUCCUUACUCAGAACAGCAGCUGCCUGGAGAAGAAGACGUCAGAGGGGAACACGGCCCUACAUUACAGUGCCCUGCACAACAAGCCAGAGUGUGUUAAGCUGCUGCUGAAGGGCAAGGCCACGCUGCACACAGUGAACCAAGGGGGAGAGACGGCGCUGGACAUCGCCAGGAGGUUGCAGCACACUCAGUGUGUCGAGCUGCUGGAACUGGCGCAAAGCGGAAAGUUCAACUCUCAGAUUCAUGUGGAGUAUCUGUGGGAGGCGCCGGAGCUGCUGUGUGACAGCGAGGAUGACCUGGACGACAAGGUCUCGCCCCGCACCGCCCGUGGCUCCCUGCACCCCAGCUCCUCCUCCCCCUCCCCAACCUCCUGGUGCAUGGGCAGCAGCAUCUCCAACAAGACGUACGAGAAUGUGGACAUUCUGUACCGCAACCCACCCACCAACAGCGCCCCCUCUGGUGCCAUGCCGCCACCUCUGCCCGCCAAGGCUAUCCAGAGAGGGCGAUCAGAGCCACAGAUCUCCUCCUGCUCCCAGGAUGGCAGUGCCCUGGUACGCCGCUCCUCGAACCCCUCCUCUUACCGGCACAGCCCCCCCUCCCCGCUGCAGCCUGGGCACGCAGUACACCUGCAGCGGCAGACGGUGUGCUGGGACAUUCCCAGCAUGGGAGGUGCCGACAGCAAGCCCCCCCUCAGCUCACCGCUAGGUCACCUGGGACCUGUCAGCUCGGGGAAGACCACCUCGUACCGGCGGACCAGUAGCGGCGGCCAGGGGAAGUGCCCUGUGGCCUCACCCACCUGUGGUGGCAUCCCAGAUGAGCAGUACUGCAGCCCUCUGGGUAGCGGCUCACCUACAGGAGGGCCCGUGCUCCGCCCACGGAGGAAUGCCAUGGUGUCCCAACAGAAGCCCAGGCUGAGGCGUGUCCAGGCGCUGGUGGACUGCCGAGCCGUUUCUGCAGACAACUUGGCCUUCUACAAAGACGAGGUUAUAGUGGUGAUGGCUGCAGAUGAUCCGCACUGGUGGGUCGGGCACAUUGAAGGUGACAAGUCACGCUCUGGAUCCUUUCCUGUGAACUACGUGCUCAAACUGGCCGACUGACCCUAAGGGGACCCUGCCCGCCCUCCCCCACCCACCCAAACCUUUCUGACCCUCGUCAGUGGAGAAGAUGGUUUGUGUAUCUGUAGACAAACAGAUGCCAGCAGGUGCCUCCAUGUGUCCUGUGGAGGCUGGAUUUGAAUUGGAUGACAGGGCAGGGAUGUUCUACAAGUGGCUUCCUGUCAGGCAGCCCCUGCCACCUGGGUCUUGCUGCCCCUUGAGUUCCUACCAAACCAAGAGACUGUGGAUCUUGUGGGUGUCACUGGGAUGUCAUCCCAUCUCAGCAUGUCACCGUCAUUCAAAAUGUGCCAGACUGGAGUGACCUGAACACAGCCAGGGCCCUGGACAUGUAAUUAGGAGCUGGGAGAGCGACGACUCCGCCUCUCUGAUGGGGUUCAGUACUAAACAUUAUUAAAUCACAUGUCCCACAGGUGGCAGACUGGUGUUCAGUGCAUCUGCCUGGGCGACCCUCAUGUGUUUUACCGGGGAGGGGGGUGUGUAGGUAAAGAAUCACACGUUUAAACGCAUUCUGAUGUUUACUUGCUUGCUAGUUUUCUGAAGCAAAGCAGACCUGUACCCCCUCCUGCCUUAGGAUGGCAGCAGUGAGCUGUAGCCCUGUGCUCUGUAGCUGCCUAUCUUUACACUAUUACCGUUAGUCGGCUGACUGGUAUUUCCACAUACCAGAAUUGCUGGUGUGGUUUACUAUGAUUCACCCAGUUCACUUUGCAGGAGGGACCUGUGUGAUGUUUGUACUGAGAGUGUGUUAAAUGUAAGUGCCGGGCCUGCAGAAUGUCCUGUUUUUGCCCGAACCUGGUUGUUAAUAUUUAAAGAGUCAGAUGUUUGGCCAUUUGGCUCCGGCCUUCCAGAUCCCCUUCCUCAGAUCCACCUGCCUCGUUUUUCCUAAUGCCGGUAAAGCAGGAAUUUCUGUAUUAACUGCCAAUGAGUUUUGUUGUGCAUUAGUGAAAUCGUGGUGGAACAUAGGAACAGGAGAUUAAUAAAAGGUGUUUUUAACCUGGGCUCCUCACCACCUGACCAUGUAUUAAGGGGAGAAUACAGAGUUUCCCUCCUCUGUCUGUGUGUUUGGGUACGAUUUUUUUUAAUGCUGAAUCAUGUACUUGGAUCUUGUGGUGUUAGUUAAUAUUUUAUUAAGCCUCGGUAAAAUAAAAUAACCCAUCAUGAAGCCAA